AUGGCUGGCAAGCGGGCGGUGGGCGUCUGGUGCCAACGGAACUGCAGAGAGGGGUCCCCACUCGGCAAGCAGCGGGCGACGGAAGGUACCUACGGAGCCUGCAGGAGCAAAGUAUCUGGCUCACUAAACAAUGGCUACGAGAUACCUGCGGGGGCUUCAAACAUCGCCGCAGCCCUCAGCGGCCCACCCACCUGCAGCUGCUGCUGGCGCAGGCGGACGGCCCCUAUUGGUUCCGGGCAGGACACGCCGGGGCUGGGUGAAGCUCACCGCUUCUUUGACGACCAUGGGUCCAAGGUGCCUCUUUUUCAUGCUCCCAUGCUCCCACGCUCCAGGUUGUUCUUGAUCCAGAGGGAAAGCUUCAAACAAUCCAUACGAAUUGUAGACGUCUGGGACAACAACGACAUCAUCACGCCCAAGCCGAAGCCCACGCUCACGUACACGCACACGCCCACGCCCACGCACACGCACACGCUCAAGUACAAGCUCAAACUCAAGUAUACGGAUACGCAACAUCGACUUCGCAGCCUGCUUCUGCCGCCGCCGCCUCCUUCAUCCCUCACCCGCGAAUCUGGCCCAUCCCAAUCGAUAUGUCCCAACAGCCACCACUCGCCCAUGCAGAGUCCGCCGUUCCACCAUGCUGUCAAUCCUCUGACCGACUGGGCCCUUCAGCAGCAGCAACAGCAGGUCGCGGCCGCCGCCCCUCACGAUCAUCACGAUCUCGGCCAGAUCGACCUCUCGCAGUUCAUCCAAGACCCCUCGCUCCUCAACUUCACUGGCCUUCCUCCAGCUUUUGCUACGAACCCCAUGGACUACUUGCCCGCUACCACGCAGGCCGCCAUUCAGCAAGCCAGCCUCCUGGAUUCUACUUUCCACUCCAUGCCUCCUAUGGAUGCCACAACACACGCCAUGCACUGGGGUAGUACAGGAAUGGAAAACUGGCAAGAGUUCCAGAACACUCUACAGAUGGAUAGCCUCGCUAGAAUGGACAGUGUCGGCAGUAACUCACCAACUGGCACAUACCUGGAAGUCCUAUCCCUGCCUUCCUCGUCUGGCGAUGGCUGGGCCAUGGUUGACUGGGGACACGGACAGCAUAACGUCGAACCAUUCCCGCAAACAUCCAAUAAUGCCACUGCUAUUUUCAACCCGUCACAAACCCUUCACCUCCGCACAAACUCGGAUUCUUCAGAUGGCGCCAAUUCCCUAGACUUCAACAGUUUCGAGGAAAUUGCACCCUUCCCUUACUCACCCUUCUCACCUGAGUCCGAUGGCCACGGCGAUGCCCACAACCAUCGCAACUGCUUCUCUGGCGAGAGCCACCACACACAUUCUCAUGAGAGCGUCUCGCCAAAGGCGGUCACUGCCGCCGUUCCUAUCAAGACAGAGAGCUCGGUGGUCAUCAAGACCGAGGCAUCUACCCGUCACAGCCCAGGUAGCGGUGCUGGCGCCGGCGCCACUACGCCGCCAUCUGCGUCAGCUUCUUCCUCGCGCAGAAACUCUGGGCCUCGCAAGAGCCCCAUUGCCAAGCCCCCCAAGCCUACUGUGCGUAGAAUAUCUACUGGCAAAAAGGAUGGCACUGGCGAGAAGAAGGUUGGCCGAAGAAAGGGCCCCCUCCGUCCUGACCAGCGCAAGCAGGCCAGCGAAAUCCGAAAGCUUCGCGCCUGUCUACGUUGCAAGUUUCUGAAGAAAACUUGUGACAAAGGGGAGCCUUGUGGUGGAUGCCAGCCUUCACAUGCUCGCCUAUGGCAAGUCCCUUGCACUCGCAUUGAUAUCAAGGACAUUGGUUACUUCAUGAAGGACUGGAAGGCCGACCACGAGAGCCACAUGACCAGUGGGUUGUCCACCUACAGUGUCAAGGGUUUUGCCGCCAAGGAGAGCCUCAUGUGGAUCACUCACGGUUACGGUUUUGCCCUGCCCAUCAUGGUCCGCGAAGUCUUUGUAACUGAAGAUAGCAGCCUCGCCAUCGAGUGGCGAGAGGCACCUAGCGUCAAUGAAGGCUCCCACGACUUCGAGAUCCUCAGUGAGAAGCUGGAUAUCGGCGCCGAGGGUGUCAACAACGCCGCACUGUCUGAGUACCUGGACAAGCAUAUCGAGGGUCCCUUUGAGGACUUCAUUGACGAUCACUUUGAUGGCACCCCCUUCAUCACGGAGAUCCUCAAGACGGCGCACCGCUACUAUGCCAAGGAAAAGAUGCCUGUCAUUGGCAAGGCUCUCAAGCUCGUUCUCGCCUACAACCUUACUAUGCACAUCACCAUGGUGGAGAACCAGGGCUCCGAGGUCCAGGUCGACAGUCAGAUCGAGGAUGCCGAGUCCAAGUACUACGGCCGCACUGUCGCCCCAGUCAUGAUCAACUUCCAGAUCAAGUAUGCUCUCGCUGAGAUGUGGCGCGAGCUGCAAAAGGAUAUCCUCGAGGAGCUCUCUUCGCUCUACUCUGGCGUGUACAGUGGCGAGAAGAUGAAGAAUUGGCCCACCAUUUUCAUGCUAGCUUCCAUUCUGCUUGCCGUGUGGGAGGAGAUGCAGUUUGACUGCCACUACCGCGUCCCCGACCAGGCGGCGGUGAACAAGUUUUGCACAGACAUGGAGACGACCCCCGUUGGAGUCAUUGUGGGCCUCUUCCACGCCAUCUCCCAAAAGCUUCCCGCUUUCACUGAAUGGGACACGGCCCAGCACGGCGGGCUACUUCACAACAAUGUAUCUGUCUGUGAGGCCAUGACCGAGGUCCGCCAGCACGUGGUCAAGCACGAGGCAUAUUUGCGUACACGCAAGGAAGAUGCCAGCUUCGACCCGACUGACUUUGACUCGCUAUCAAACAAGUUUCUAUCCAAGCUUGUUAUCAAGGCCAACUAG